AUGGACGCCAAUGUCGAGAAGGAGGUUGAUCGCAUCAUUGACUCGCAGGACAACGAAUACGUCCUGUCACGGCCCAAGGACGGAGCAAUGGGGCUGACGCUGGAUCCACAGCUCAUCAGGGAUUUGACGGUGCUCAUAACAUCCUCCACGAUCGGCGGCAUGCUGAUGGAGGCUGUGCGGCAGCCCAUCAUCAACGGAUUCUUCAUUGCAGGGUCCAUUGUGGGACCGGGCGGCCUCAAGCUCAUCAAGGAGCUUGUGCAGGUGGAGUCGCUGGCGCAGGUGGGGGUGCAGCUGCUGCUGUUCACGCUGGGACUGGAGUUCAGCCUGUCAAAGCUGAGGGCUGUCAGGAGUGUGGCCCUGCUGGGGGGAAUGGUGGAAAUUUUUCUUUUCAUUAUAGCGGCAGGGGUGAUAGCACAUUUCAUUGGGGCCUCUGUACACGAAGGGAUUUUUGUGGGCGCACUGGUUUCGAUGUCGUCCACUUCGAUUGUGAUAAAGUGUCUCCAUGACAGCAAAUCGACGGGUUCGCCGCAUGGUCAGAUCACAAUCGGCACCCUGAUUCUGCAGGACUGCAUGGUGGGCCUUCUGUUUGCCUUCAUGCCGGUGCUGGCCAACAACAGGAGCGGUGGCGAGGUGGACCACUUUGAUGUUCUGCGGCUGCUGUUCAGGGUGACGCUGUCACUGGGGUCUGGGUUGCUGGUGGCGGUGGUGGUGGCGCGAGCGGUGCUGCCGCCGGCAGUCAGGCUGCUGGCCAAGCACGCCUCCACAGAGCUCUACCAGCUCACGCUCAUCUCCUUCUGCCUCUGCGCCUCCUGGCUCUCUGGCUACAUGGGGUUGUCGACGGAGCUGGGGGCGUUUGUGGCGGGGGUGAUGCUGAGCGCGACGGAGCAGCAGGAGAAUGCGUUGCACCAGCUGGAGCACCUGAAGCAGUUCUUCCUCUCGCUCUUCAUCUGCUCUACGGGCCUCAUCAUGUCGCCCACCUUCCUGGCCCAGCACCUGCGCGUCCUCGCAGGCGGCCUCGUCGUCACAGUGCUGGCCAAGACCAUUCUGAUCAGCGUUGUGGUGUAUGCCUUUAAAUACCCUGUGCGCACGGCGCUGGCGGUGGGCCUGAGCAUGGCCCAGAUCGGCGAGUUUGCAUUCGUGCUGCUGUCUGUCGCCAGCCAGCUGGGCCUCCUGCCGUACCAGGUCUACAUGCUGCUCAUGGGGAUCACAGCGCUAUCGCUGCUGGUGACGCCGUUCCUGAUGCAGGCGGCGCGCCACAUUCUGCGUGAGGGCCCAGACGGCGUCACUGCCUUGCCGACUGCCUGGGCGGCCAGAAGUCGGGUGGGCAUAAACAAGAGGGCGGCCAGCGGCGAGUCGGUGCUGGACCCCUCCAGCGAUAGCAGCCCCGGCAGCCCCAGCCCGCGCCUGGAACAGCGGCACCACAGCGUCUCCAAGCAGAGCGUAUCCGCGCACGGCUCUGCCUACCCCAGUGAAGUCCAGCUGCAGCAGAGGUACCCAUUCUUAUGAGAAGUGGAGAAGCCCAUCAAGGAAGUGCUCAGAGGAAGACAUGCAGAUGGAAGCAAGUGUUGAGAGACAAUAUAACUUCCCAGUGCAUUUGAAGAAUAUGAAAGGUGGGCACCUGAAGAGGCGACUGGGUGCUGGAGAGCCCUUGCACAUGGCAGCGCAGAAGAUCAGCACCAUUCACUCCUGUAAAUUCCUGAUCAAAUGAGGACUUGUGACCCACACGAUGACCUUCUAUUGUGGUCAACCUUACAUUGACUGUCUAUCAUAUUGCCCAGCCUGAGACAUUGUGUCAUCGAUGGUGGCCUCUUUCCAUGAGGGUCUGUGUGCAUGCGGCGUUUGGGAGACAGCGCCACAUCCUGACUGUCGAGACUCCAUCGAAUGUAAUCAGAAAUGGAUUGGUGU